AUGUCGCCGGAGCAGGAACCAAACUUCCCAGUUACUGAGGAAGAGAGAUGGAAGUACUUAUUUACCUCUAUUAAUAAUUUGACGGCUUCUCUCAAUGAGACUCGUUCAAAAAUUCAUGCUUCUUCCAAGGUGAUUGAAUUGGUUGAUAAGAGAGUAAAUGAGCUGGAGAACAGGUUGACGCAAUCAGAUCUAUCUCUUUCUGCCCUACGCGAUCUCUCUCGUUCGAGAAACAUUGUUUUAUUCAAUUUAACUGAUACGGAUGAAGUUAACUCGGAUUUGAUUUCUGGAGUCUGCAAUGUUUUUCAAAAAGUGGAUCUGCAUAUACCCGAUCUGGCCUUUGAUGAUGUUUUUCGUCUGGGAAGGGACCAGGGAAACCGGCCUACUUUGGUAAAAUUUAUCUCCUCCAGAUGGGUCAGAAAGGUCUUCGGAAAAGUGAGGGAGUUAAGGAGUCAGAAUAUUUUUAUUUCUAACGAUCGCUCUAAGGAGGAGAGGGAGAAUCGUCGCAAAUUAUUAGAUCAAGCUCGGAAGUUAAGGGAAAAGGGUCAAAAUGCAGUGGUAAAGGGCAAUAGGAUUUUUAUUAGUCAUGAAAAAUUCAUAGAUAAUAAAUCACAAUCUUUAAUAAAAGAUAGUUCUUUACCGGAGGGCAAUUCCUCGCGAAAACGGUCUCUUACUUCGCCUCCAUCCUCACGUCUAUCUACGAAGAUACCGGAGAAAAUCAUAAAGAAAAACAAGAAGAUGACUUCUAAAGGAGAUUCUAAAUCCUCUCAAAUCAAUGAAUCCUUGGAUAAUUUCUUUUUAAAUUCGCGGCAAUCGACUAGUGACGAUGUGAUUAAAAAUCAUAGCUCAGCUUCUGGUGGAAUGGUUCUUGAGGAAUAG